UAUGCCGCGUGGCUACGACAGUCCGUGUUCUACCAGCGAACGAGCCGCCUGGUGUGGUCCCUCCUGUCAGCCCUAGUCCAGCGCCAGCGACGCCGCGUACAUCCGAGCACAAACAGCAUGCGGGACACCAGCGAGGAUUCCUGCUGCCUGCCCUUCAAGCAGGAGUUUCAGCGCUCCAAAUUCUCGCUGCAUCACGAUGAUCCUGGUGUCUUUUGUCGCUCGCAGUGGCAGCGCGGGGAUCGCAAUAUUCUGUGGCUUCUGUACCGCUGGAUUUGGGCGGGGUUCUUUGCCGGUGGCGUGAUUGGUAGCUUGGUGAGCAGCUUCAAUGACGGCAAAUGGUUCAUUUACCUCACGGACUGGGGAUUUACACUGUGCUUCUAUGUCUGCACCUAUGGCGCUGUGGUGGCCACCAUAUACUUUUUUAAACCAUCGUAUUUUGCUCCUGGCAGCGUGGCGCUGAAGAUCUAUUGGCUCUCCCACUACACCACAGUGGUGAUUGCCAUGAUGAUAACGCUUGUGUUCUGGGCAGCACUCUAUCCAUCCAUGCCGGAAAUGGGCGCCGAUCUGUACAACCUUUGGGCGCAUGCCUUCAACUCGAUCUUUAUGAUCGUGGACUGUUUUAUGGUGGCCUUUCCCACGCACAUCAUGCACUUUGUUUAUCCCUUUGCCGCGGGCAUUACCUAUGGCAUUUUUUCGCUGAUUUACUUCUGGUCUGGAGGCGUUGAUUUCAUGGGCAAUCGUUACAUUUACUUCAUCUUGGACUGGGAGAGACCAGGCUUGGCCAUAGGCACCGUCUUUGGUUGUGUUGUGCUCGUGAGCUGCUUCUGCAUAUUGGUCUUUGGCUUCUAUAGACUCCGCACGUGCAUCUACAACCGCUGCAGUGGGCAAAAGCAGCUGGAGAUACCCUCGACAAGAGCCUCCACGGAAACAGUGCAGGUCGCUUGAAACGCACAGCAUUUCACAUAUUUUAAAGCCAUGUUAAGUAGUAUUCAUAAGCUUAUUCUUAGUCAGCCAAUUUGUGCUAUUAAAUACCCAAAUUGCUACGAUAAA